UGUCUUGGCGCGUAUUGCUGCGGACUGACAUAAUCCCUGUCGCAGUUCAUUCAUUCAACCCUUCAAACUACCGCUCACUUACAUCCUUUCUUUCACCCUCGACACAUCCACGCCAAAUCGACCCGUCGCACAUCAGAAUCACGUCCGUUUCCCAUAAGACUUCACAAGGCGCCCGUUUGCACCAUCCGCCAUCGAAGGCGCUAUCCCUUCCCAACAUGAACGGCAUCAAACCCGACCCAGACAUCAAGGCAGACCCCGAUGCUAUAACGCCCUCUGGUAGUGGCUACAUGGACGAUGAUUUCUACGAGGACACAGGCGAACUCUCUCUACCUCCCAAGGGCUCAAACAAGGACGUAUGGGUGACGCGCAUACCGAAAUGGCUCUACGAGGCGGUAUCGAAAUGGUCAGAUCACGCUGAGGGCAAGGACGACGACCAGAUCGUCAUUGGUGAAGUUCUCGCGAUGCAGGACGAGGCGCGACGGGGAAUCAGCAAGACGCAACCCAUGCGCUUGUUCCUGAACGAGAAAUGGCAGGCGAAGAAGCAGCUCCCGCAGGCCUUCGAGAUCAAGAUGACGGACAGCAAGGACGCGGUGCUCGGAAACACCUACAUCUUCACUGAAAAGGACCUCCCCGGCUACAAACCCAGUGUCACCGGCGGCAACAGGCAGGGCGGCGCAGGUGGACACCACGGCAUACAGGACCCGCAGGCUAAGGUCUUCAAACGUAGCAAGUACAAGAAGGCCAUCCCCAAGCAGACCGCGCUGCUCGGAACCGCCACCCGCGAAUACAAUGCCAGCCCACUGAACACACCCGAGUUCGCCAAGUUCAACAAAGCGCGCACGAUGGCCGCGAUCCAGGGUCGGGAAAGCAAGGUCAACAUCGUGGACAACCUGCACGACCACACCGCAAGCCAGGACGUGCAGAAGAUGUUCAACUCGUUCAUUAAGUCCACGGCAAAGCAAAAGACACAGCUCAACAAGGCCGCACGUAUUCCACGCAACGACCUCAUCGAUCUCCUCCACUCGUGCUUCGACGAGUAUGCUUACUGGCCGAUGAAGCAGCUCAAGGCCAAGACAAAGCAGCCCGAGGCAUACCUCAAGGAGGUCCUCAGCGAGAUCGCCGACCUCGUCAAGGCCGGCUCGUUCGCCAGCUGCUGGCGCAGAAACCCAAUCUACAACAAGACCGCCGAGCACGACGGCCUGCCCCCAGACACCGUCGACCCAGACGACGACGAGGAAAUGGAGGAUGUGGUCUAGCAGCACUUCACACCUCUAGAAGAACCAGAAGAAGGCCCCCAGAUGACCCCUCCUACCUUAGGGUGCUCCCCACAAUAAAGUCGGUAAUCGCCACUGUAUCAUUCCCGUACAGGGGGGCAGCCCAAACCGACCUCAUCUUCUCUCAGGCUUGUUCCCAUUGCACAGCCUUGUGUUUGCUCUUUCCGCUUCUUUUUACUCCGUAAAAGAAAUCCCCAACAUACAUUUUUACCGCCACAUCCAUCAUUCCCAAACGUGGCACAAGCAUUAG